UUGAAAAGAAAGAAUCAACAGGAACUCACAUUUGAUGGUAUAGUUUUUUCAGUUUCUGCUAGUUUUUGUUUUAUUUCUAAUGUCUCUGAGCGACUCGAAGAUCUCUCUACCUCCUAAGAGUGGGUUAUGUACCCUCCCCAGAUCCCACUUGUGGGAUUACACUAACACUAAGUAUUUUGUCGUUGUUGUUUGGUGAGGGACUGGAAGACAAAGUCAACAAAGGACACCAAGAUAACAUAUUAGCCUCAUGUUUAAUUUCAUCCCAUAUGAUCAGUUUACUUCUCGAAAUAUCCAGGACAACGUACACUUGAAAUGGCUGAGGCUGCUAUAACCAAAGCAAUAUCAAAAAUCACAGAACAAGCAAUAUUCCUAUAUGGACUGAAUGAACAAGUAAGAGAACUUGUUACAGAGCUGGGACGUAUGCGAGCAUUCUUGAAAGACGUUGAUACAAGAAAACAGAAAGGAGAAAGAGUAAAAAAUUGGGCUGAUGAAAUUAGAGACCUUGCACAAGAUGCUGAGGGCGUAGUUGAGAAGUUUGCUGCUGAGGUAAUACAGAGAUCAAACGAGGAAGACACUGUUUAUUGUUUCUGUACAAUGUUAUCUAAUGUUGUGAAAGAGGUUAUUCCAAGGUACAAAAUAGGGUGGGAUAUAGGAAAGAUCAACAAGAGAUUAAAAAGCCUCACAGAAAGUUUAACAACUUAUGGUGUAGUUUUGCCUGAUACAAAUGAAGAAGAAACAUCUAUUACUAGAGAAGUGAAAUUACAGAGUGGAGCUAUUGGUGUUGAGAGAUGGGGAGGUUCUGGAGGAAGUCAUUGGAAUUAUAGGCCUAAAGGUGUAGUGAAACAGAUAGUUGUAAAGCAUGGAUUGAUUAUAGAUUCUAUAAUGUUUAAGAGCAGUGAAGAAAAUGGUGUCAUGGAAUCUAAAACAUUUGGUGGUUCUGGAGGCCAUCUCACAACUGAGAUCAAUAUAGACAGUCCUUCAGAGUAUUUGACAGGCUUAAGUGGGACAUAUGGACUCUAUGGUCCCUAUCUUAUAAUAAAAUCCAUCAAGUUACACACUAACCUUAGCCAUCAUGGCCCUAUGGGUUCAGUAAUUGAAACUGAUACCAACUUCUCAUUUAUUAUGCAAGGUGGGGUUGUUGUUGGAUUCCAUGGAUUUUCAGGUUUAUUUCUUGAUGCCGUUGGUUUGUAUGUUAUGCCAACAAGUAUAACUUUACCUUCUUAGUAGGCAUACUAUCUCAUCAAUAAUAUAUUGAGCUAGCUUAUGUAGAUAAGCUUUUAAGUAUAUUGAUCAAUAACAUCUUGUUUGGAUGGUAAUUGUUACUCGUUGUAUUGUAUCGUUAGUUUAAAUAUCAUAUUUAUAUUUUGUAUGACGUUGUUUAAAUCCAUCGUUAAGUAAUGACGAAAAGUCUCAUAACCAUCAGUUUGGUGCUUGAUCGCGCCCGUUGUAUUGUAUUGUUAGUUUAAAUAUC